UCCGCUCCGCCUCCUGUCCUUCAUUCCUUCGCUUUCACUCCUUUUGCCCCUGCUCCCUUCCUUUCUUCAUCUUCUUAAUGCGUGUGAACCCCCCUUCUUGACUUUCGUUAUUUCCACGCCUUCUUCUCCCUGUCCUCUUCGUGAACUCCUCUCUAUGACUUGUUCUCCCCCCACCGGUGUCUAGACCGCCCCACUUUUGGGAGCUGUCAGGAUCUCUGAGGAGAUCCCAAUUGAACAACAAGAGGAGGGGGCGGCUCGCCUGAGUGCCUGAGUGGUUUCGUUUCACAAUCGCGGCUGCGCACUGCCCAGCAGACUUUCCAAUUUCUCUUUCUUCUUCACCUAGUUCUAUCCUCUGACUCUCUGCUACUUUCUUUGCCUUCACCAUGCGGAAGCCACUGCUUGCCGAAACCGUGUACGGGACGCUCUUCCCGCGGCAGCGCUCUACUGACCCGGGGUCCUUUCCCGCUCACAUUACUCGCAACCUAGUACCGGAGGUGCGAAUCGAAACAAAUGCUUUCUAUGGUCCUCUCGACUGCAUUGAAGCCCAAUAUCCUGGAUUGGACUAUGCUCAUCAACCUCACCGCCUCAGACUAAGCCGCUUCCCGUGGCACCGCCGCCUGUUCCGCGCAUUCGACGAGCUCAAGCUGACUGCAGAGGAAAUCUCGGAGUUGUGCUGCUGGGAGGGUACCAAGUCUGCGCGCCAGCGGUAUGAGUUGGAGGAAGGCAUCACAGUGCGGGACACGACUGGCGAGAGUACCCGUAGUGAGACACCUCCACCUCUGCCCGUGGUGACGAUCCACCCGGACUUCUACACCUUGACAGAGGAACAGGCAGAGGACGACUACUAUGAUACACUCGAAACGGGGAGUGACGACACUGUGCGCGCGAGUAACUCACGCAGCUCCAGUGCUCUUGCCGACUUUCCCACCUCGUUCGAUGACGAUGAGGACACCGAUGAGGAAGUGGAGAGCUGUGGCCUGGCCCUUAAUGACCGUCUGUUAGCAGCAACGGCUGCACGAGCCCAAGGUGCUAACGUGCCUGUCGAUGAGGACUACGAACAGUGGUUGAAAGAUACCAACGACCGCGGCGGCUACAGCUGGAUGGUGGCGGCUAUUCGCGCCAACCAGCCGUUGAACAAUCCCGAAGCGGCGACCUCAUCACCCUCUAGCCCGAGCAUUGAUGACUUUGGACGAGACCAGGCAAGGCAAGUGGGGGAAGCUAUUCGGUCCGCUAGUCUUGCAGCGGCAAGGCACGUGGCUGAAGUCCGAUACCCACGACAUUCGCGAUAUCCAGAGCCCCCCGAGCCCACAGACUAUUCGUACCUGACUCCAUCUCGGCAAUCUCUGAACUAGCGCGGGCUUUUUGCAAAGGAUGCGACUAAACAAUGCUUUCU